AUGGCGGCUGACCGGGGUCGCAGGUUGCCGUCCAUGUGCGGUAUGCACCCCGACCACCAGGAAGCCCUCAAGAGGAACCGUGUGGCGCUGGCCAAGCAGCUGCUGCUGAGUGAGCUGCUGGAGCACCUGCUGGAACAGGACAUCAUCACCUUGGAGAUGCGGGAGCUCGUCCAGGCCCGGGUGGGCAGCUUCAACCAGAAUGUGGAGCUCCUCAACCUCCUGCCGAAACGGGGUCCGCGGGCCUUUGAGGCCUUCUGUGCUGCCCUGCGGGAGACCAAGCAGGCCCACCUGGAGGACCUGCUGCUGGACACACUCUCUGGGCUCCAGCACGGUCCCCCUCCGCUGAGCUGUGACUAUGACGUGAGGCUGCCGCUGCCUGUGUGUGAAUCCUGCCCCCCGCCCAAGCAGCUCCGCCUGACCACAGACACUGAGGAGCACUCUCUGGACAGUGGUGACGGCCCACCCCUCCUGCAGGUGACACCAUGCACACCCGAGUUCUACCAGACCCACUGCCAGCUGGCCUACAGGAUGCAGGCGCGGACCCGCGGGCUGGCCCUGGUUCUGAGCAACGUGCACUUCACGGGAGAGAAGGACCUGGAGUUCCGCUCAGGUGGCCAGGUGGACCACAGCACUCUGGUUACCCUCUUCAAGCUGCUGGGCUACAGUGUGCAUGUGCUCCAUGACCAGACGGCACAGGAGAUGCAGGAGAAGCUGCAGGACUUCGCCCAGCUGCCUGCCCACCGCCUCACCGACUCCUGCGUGGUGGCACUGCUCUCUCACGGUGUCGAGGGUGCCAUCUACGGGGUGGACGGCAAACUGCUGCAGCUGCAGGAGGUCUUCCGGCUCUUUGACAACGCCAACUGCCCCAGCCUGCAGAACAAGCCCAAGAUGUUCUUUGUGCAGGCCUGCCGUGGAGGUGCUAGCGGACCCUUUGGGCACCUCCUUCUGUUCCCUGCUGCCACCACCUCUCUUGCUCUGUAA